CGAUACAUUGUAAAGAUCCGACUCAAAAGAACUAUUCGCUGAGGAAUCGGACAUCGCUGAGCGGAAAAGCGAGUCCAGCUGGAGCUGUCAACGACCCUUUCUCUCCCAGAUCCACUUUCUGUCUCGGCUCUCAUGUGGAUGUGAACACAGAAAGUAAUUGGCAGCAAAGAGAUGUGUGAUGAAAACCAGUCCUAAAGCAGGGCAAAGCCAAUCAGUUACUAUGAGCAGUGAGCUCAGUGUGCCAAUGGGCUCCCCCGCGCCCGGGGGCUCAGACCGGCUGCAGGAUGGCGGUGGGAUGGACUACAGGGAUUGGGUUCGGCGCAGCUACCUGGAGCUGGUCACCUCCAACCACCACUCGGUCCAGGCUCUCUCAUGGAGGAAACUCUACCUCAGCAGGGCCAAGCUCAAAGCCUCCAGCCGAACCUCAGCCCUGCUGUCUGGCUUUGCCAUGGUGGCCAUGGUGGAGGUGCAGCUGGAGAUGCAGUACAACUACCCCCGGGUCCUGCUCAUUGCCUUCAGUGUGUGUACCACAGUGCUGGUGGCCGUCCACCUGUUCGCCCUCCUCAUCAGCACCUGCAUCCUGCCCAACGUGGAAGCCGUCAGCAACAUCCACAAUCUCAACUCUGUCUCCGAGUCGCCCCACGAGAGGAUGCACCACUAUAUUGAGCUGGCCUGGGGCUUUUCCACCGCUCUGGGGAUCCUUUUGUUCCUGGCAGAGGUGGUGCUCCUCUGCUGGAUAAAGUUCUUGCCGGUUGACUCUGGGGCGCAACCAGUCCUGGCAGCCCUCAAGCAGAACUGCAGCACUCCUGCAGUUCAGCCCGGCCACAGCGGCUGGCAGGCGGCUUUGGCCUCCACCAUCAUCAUGGUGCCAGUUGGAUUUAUCUUUGUGGUGUUCACCAUCCACUUCUACCGCUCGCUAGUGCGCCACAAAACAGAGCGGCACCAUCAAGAGAUCGAGGAACUGCACAAAAUCAAGGUGCAGCUGGAUGGCCAUGAGCGAGGCCUGCAGGCGGUGUGAGAUCCAGGGAUGCCCUUCGUUUCGCGCAGUGUUCCAUCGCUUGACUCUUCAAGCUUACAAGCACAUUUAAACUCCUCCUUGAGUCUUUCGGGCUUAUUUUCUGUUUUGGUCUGAGAGGAAAUGCCUUGUUACCUGGUGGGAGGAUUACUUGUGUAGAAACUGAGAAAGAUUUACGGCAAAAAGGCGCACGUUUACAAGAUUUCUACCGCAAGGGCUAUUUAUUUUGUAUUUCUUUAGGCUGUAGGUCAUUUGGACUUGUUUUUAAGUGCCAUUUUCUGUUUCCAUGCCUCCUAAAUAUACAAAAAAAGGAUAUCACAGAGUUGGCUUGCUUUAAUAUCGUUUGCCUUUUUCUCUUCCUUUUGCGGUGCCAUCCUGGAUCGAUAGUGUGCCACAGAUAAUGAGACCAAAUGAGUUGGUCUUGGAUCCAUUAUGGAUCACAGCUGCCAGAGUCACUGCCAGAGUAUCUUUAACUGCAAUAUCCAGCUUUUACAAUGUACGUGCCUGUUUGAGCUUCAGUUUAAAGUGAUCGUUCACUCAAAAACGAACAUUGUCAUCAUUAAUCACCCUCACGUUGUUUCAAACCUCUGUGACUUUCUUUUGCGCAAAAGAAGAUAUUUUGAACCGCUGUUGUCCAUACCGGGAAGGUCAGUGGUUCAGUGUCUUUCACUGUAUGGACAAAAUAGCAUGUAAGAAGGUGAUAACGCUUUAUGUGAGGGUGAGUAAAUGACCGAAUGUUCACUUCCCUUUAAGAAAACAAAAACUAAAAAAAGUGAUGCACCCCUUAUAGUUUGUCUGUGUUAGUAGUGGAUCUAUAAUACUGUAAUCUUCCAGCCUGCAGAGUUGUCAUCCCAAAAAAGGAUUCAUCUUAAAUCUGUUACAGAAGUAUCGCUCGUACUAGGCCUAUAUGUAGUGCAGUAUUUUUAGCUUGGGUGUGAAAUCUAGACGUUUUAGCCAGACUCACUGCACGCUUGUAUUUCAUUGAAGGUUUCGCAUGUGUGAUAUAAUGCACUGUCACUUGUCAAGCACAAAGGUGGAGUUUUUAUCCAUAUUUCAUACAAGGCCUAUUGAAUGUUAUUCUUGUGGGCUACUAGGAGUUUACAUUGUCGAUGUCAAUAACCAGGGUCAAUGAUGAUUUGCUCCAACAAAUGACUUUAAUGGGCACAGUUAGUUAUAAAAAUACUUGAGAAAGACAAAAAAGCUUUGCCGAGCUGAAACGGUUUAAUGUGAACCAAGUUGGCAGUCCUGUCAUCAAGCUCAAAAUAAUGUCUGAUACUUAAGUCAAUUUGAGGAAAACAUUCCAGGGGGAAAAUGAAGUCGGACCAAUUUCUGCCUGCCUUAAAUAAUUAAACUGACAAAAGUGCACUUGUAGUGUAGUCCAUGGAAGUGAUGUGUCCGGUGUGUUUUCAGAGUAUGCAGACUGAUUUCAUCUGCUGUAGGUCUUUCAGAACACAGAGUUAUAGUUGGUGCUUCAUUUCAUGCCUUAAGCAUUAAUUUAAUAGUAUGUUCAUGAGUCAAUU